AAAACUGGUGUCUGUCUCAGAAGAAGAAGAAUCAGAAUCGCGUUUGGGAGGAGAGAAAAUCACCGAGAAAAUGAGCGGAGCAGGGAAGAAAGUGGUGGAUGUAGCAUUCAAGGCUGGAAAGAACAUCGACUGGGAAGGAAUGGCCAAGCUUCUCGUCUCCGAUGAAGCUCGCAGGGAGUUUUCCAACCUCCGUCGCGCUUUCGACGAUGUCAACUCCCAGCUCCAAACCAAGUUCAGCCAGGAGCCUGAGCCCAUAGACUGGGAUUAUUACAGAAAGGGAAUUGGCUCUCGUUUGGUGGAUAUGUACAAGGAGCAUUAUGAGAGCAUUGAGGUCCCCAAGUUUGUAGACACAGUGACCCCUAAAUACAAGACUAAAUUUGAUUCACUGUUGAUUGAGCUUAAAGAGGCAGAGGAGAAAUCUUGGAAGGAGUCUGAGCGUUUAGAAAAGGAAAUUGCUGAUGUGCAAGAGUUGAAGAAAAAGCUCAGCACCAUGACUGCUGAUGAGUACUUUGCCAAGCAUCCUGAGCUGAAGAAGAAGUUUGAUGAUGAGAUAAGGAACGAUAACUGGGGCUAUUGAUUUUCAAAACUUCAAACUGUAGCAAAGCAUCUGAAGUUGAUGUUUCCUUGCUGGUUUAAUAAUAAUAACUGCAUUGAUUUCUUUGUAACUCAGUUCUCAGUUUAAAAGUUUUUCACAUACCCAAUUUCUGAGUUAUCAAAUUUUUCUAUGGUACUUUUAGUUAGUCACUUGAACUUCACUUGAACAUGACUGUUAUCCUCAAGAAACUGCUGUCUUGUGGUUUCAGUUCACAAUUUAGAGAAAAUGCUGUUUUGCGAUGUUGCCGAAUAAAUCAUGUUUGCCUUGUAAAGAAAGAUUUGUUUUGGAUCAGUUGAGUGUAUUUGGUUCCUAUUGGGAAACCUUGGAAUUGUUUUUCAUCGGGUAUAAUCCCUCUUGGAUGGUUAUAUAGAUGUUUGGAAAUAGAUAAAUUAUUUUGUCCCGAAGA